CCUAUCACCAUGUCUAAUCAAUCUGCCAUCUCUGAGUUCAUCCUCAUUGGAUUUCCAGGUCUCCAGCAGAAAUUCCACAUUCUGGUCUCCAUUACAAUGUUUCUUGUCUACUGUGUUUCGCUGUUGGCCAAUAGCUCUGUUAUCAUAUUGAUCUUUCAGAAAGAGCAACUCCACCAACCAAUGUACAUUAUAAUAAGAAACCUUGCUCUCUCUGACCUUCUCUUUGACACAAUAACAUUACCGAAGAUCAUUGGCAAAUACUGGUUCGGAGCAGGUUCUAUAUCCUUCUAUGGUUGCAUCUUCCAGCUCUUCUGUAUCCAUUCCCUUGGGAGUCUUGACUCCUUCAUCAUUAUGCUGAUGGCUAUUGAUCGUUAUGUUGCUAUCUGCAAACCUCUCAGGUAUCACUCCAUUAUCAGCAAUAGGCUGGUGACUCUCCUCUGCUACUUUCUCUGGUUCUUGGCUGCCCUGGUUGGAUUGAUUAGUGCAACCAUAGCUGGACAACUGCCUUACUGUGGACCUAAUCGUGUCAGGAACUGUUUCUGUGUCAACUCAGCAGUCACGGUGUUGGCGUGUGUAGAUGUUACAUUGGCAAGACGGACAGCCUUUAUUAUUGUUAUGUGUGUGCUCCUCCUGCCACUGGCCUUUAUAAUACUCUCAUAUAUUCACAUUAUCAGGGUUAUACACUUACCAACUAUCAAUAAAAAUUCAUGGAAGGCAUUUUACACCUGUACCACUCAUUUAAUGGUCAUUGGCUUGUAUUAUAUCCCCAGGGUGUUUGUAUAUAGUACAAGUCAGAUCCCUUUGAUUCUUGAUGCUGAUAUCAAUGUCUUACUCCUUUGUCUCUACACAUUUGUUCCCCAUUUAGCCAACCCCAUUAUAUAUUGUCUUAGAACCAAAGAUAUCAGAAUUAUUUUCGGACACAUUUUCAAAAAUACACUUACCAUAAAAUGUGUGAAAAGAUCUACAAUGCUGCAGUGA